GAGUCCUCUGAUGAACCCUUUGAUAUUUCCUCCGUGCCCAGGGAGGUCAAAGUUCAGCCACUUGCAUAGAAGAAAGCACCGAGUAAAAAGCCAGCUGGUUUGGGUGCUCCUCCUAGUGGGCCUACUGCCACAGUUGAUGCAUAUGAGAAGUUGCUUUCUUCUAUUCCAGAGUUCUCCAGCUUCGGCAAGCUCUUUAAGUCAUCUGCACCUGUUGAGCUCACAGAAGCAGAGACAGAAUACGCAGUUAAUGUGGUCAAGCACAUUUUCGACCAGCAUGUCGUGUUUCUGUAAAACUGCACAAAUACAAUUCCAGAGCAAUUGCUGGAAAACGUCACUGUCCUAGUGGAUGCUUCAGAAGCAGAGGAGUUUGCUGAAAUUGCAUCCAUGCCUCUACGAUCUCUUCCCUAUGAUUCACCAGGACAGACCUAUGUGGCUUUUGAGAAGCCACAAGGAGUUCCUGCAGUUGGAAAAUUCUCCAACAUCUUGAGGUUCAUUGUUAAAGAGGUUGAGCUAUCAACUGGUGAGGCAGAAGAUGAUGGUGUUGAAGAUGAAUAUCAGCUCGAAGAGCUUGAGGUGGUUGCAGCAGAUUACUUGCAGAAAGUUGGAGUCUCCAACUUUAGGAAUGCAUGGGAAAAUAUGAACCCUGAUAGCGAGAGGGUUGACGAGUAUGGCCUGGGACCAAGGGAGAGCCUGUCUGAGGCUGUUAACGCUGUCAUCAACCUUCUUGGCAUGCAACCAUCUGAGGGCACGGAGGUUGUCCCAAGCAACUCAAGGUCGCAUACCUGCCUACUUUCUGGUGUGUUCAUUGGCAGCAUGAGGGUCCUUGUUCGGUUGUCCUUCGGGAUCGAUGGCGAGAGAGAAGUUGCCAUGAAAUUGGCCAUCAGAUCAGAUGACGAGAGCGUCAGUGAUGCGAUCCACGAGAUCGUGGCAAGUGGCUAAUUUUCUGAUGUGACUUUUGCUCAGCUUGAAAAUUUUUUCUUGGCAUUAUUCUUUUCCCUCCCUUAUGUGAUGGUGAAUGAUAGAAUAGGCGAACUUAAGUCCCCCACUAUGAGGACCCUUUUAUAGAAAUGAUUCGGUUCAACGAAUAUGUUUUUGAGCUGUGGUGUUUGAUGUUUUGUAGUAACAUUCUUUUUGGUAUGUCGGUGGCUGUAUACUCAAAUAUGACAUGGAAUGUUUAUGCACCUUUUGCUCUUUAAUUCGGACAUAGCUUG